AGUUCGGCGGGGAGGGGUGGUGCACGAGUGAGCAGCAGGAGGAGGAGGAGGGAGAGCGGAGAGAGAGAGAGGGAAAAAGACGAACACCACGGGAUUAUGGCUGCUCCACACGCUGCUGUCGAGGCGAUGCCGCUGAGCACAGAGCCCGAGCGAGAUAGCGGCAAGGGAGAGGGCGGGAGCGAGCAGGGCAGAGCCGGCUGCUGUGAGUGUCUCCUGGCCGCCUUCUCCCUCCUGCUCGUCAUCCUCACCCUGCCGCUCUCCAUCUUCUGCAGCAUAAAGAUCGUGCAGCAGUACGAGCGCGCUGUCAUCUUCCGCCUGGGACGCAUCCUGCCGGGACGGGCCCGCGGCCCCGGGCUCUUCUGGGUGGUUCCCUGCACGGAUACGUUUAUACGGAUCGAUAUGAGAACCAUCACGUUUGACAUCCCGCCCCAGGAGAUCCUGACAAAGGACUCGGUGACGGUGGCGGUGGACGGCGUGGUGUACUACCGCGUGGCUGACGCCAUCAUGUCGGUGGCCAACGUGUCGGACGCGCACGGCGCGACGCGCACCCUCGCGCAGACCACGCUGCGCAAUGCGCUGGGCACGCGCACGCUCGCCGAGAUCCUGUCCGACCGCUCCGAGCUCGCGCACGCCAUGCAGAUGAAUCUGGACGACGCUACGGACUCUUGGGGCAUCAAGGUUGAGCGCGUGGAGAUCACCGACAUCAAGCUGCCCCAGCAAAUGCAGCGUGUCAUGGCGGCCGAGGCCGAGGCGACGAGGGAGGCACGCGCCAAGGUGAUCGCGGCGGAGGGCGAGCGCGACGCGUCGCGGGCGCUGAAGGAGGCGGCGAUGGUGAUCGCCGAGGCGCCGAACGCGAUGCAGCUGCGCUACCUGCAGACGCUGAACGCCAUCGCCGCGGAGCACAACUCCACCAUCGUGUUUCCGCUGCCCGUGGAGCUGCUGCGCGGGUUCGUCACGCCCACCGCCGCCGCCUCUUGAGGCCUCUUGAGGCGGCGGUGGCGGCAGUGACGGCGCGUUCGGCCCCGCCCCCCCC